AUGUGCCCCACGUGCAAGACACCUCUCCGACGAGACCAGCUCUUUCCCAACUACGCUCUGAAUGCGGUCCUCGAAAAGGUCAAGACCAAUUCGAUCGGUGUCACGCUGCCUCCCCUCGCACAGCUCGAGAACGUCCUCACUUCGCAGAGCCUCGCACUCGCAGAUGUCAACAAGCUGCUGGGCCUGUUGCUCGCGCAGAAGCGAAGCAUGGAAUCGGAGACGAAGCACGAAGAGCUGGAGCUCCUUCUCGACUUUCUCUAUCGGACGAAACAGCAACACAAGAGCUCCAACUUGAACGGGAGCUACGACAUGCUGGAAGAGCACAUCAAGCAGUUGGAACGCCAGAAGGUGCUCUUCGUUGCGUCACAGGACCCCGAUGCCUACGGGUUCACUCCAUCCUGCAUUGGUGGACGGGAACGCUCGCCCUCGGUGGGCGAGAAAAGGGGCUACGGCACCAUGGCGGCACCAUGCGAUUCGAUGAAUCGGCCACACGAAGAGAGGGACCAACUGGUGAACAAAAAGAGGAGGAUAGUGGAACACAUGGACGAACUACAGCAGACCUACUUCCGCAUGCUUAAGGCCAAGAAGCAGCAGCGUUUGGCCCGGGCCGUGACGAGCGGAGAGCACGACGCCAAGGGGAAAGAGAGAAGAGACGUAACGGGACGGCCGGGAACGGAGGCCGUUGCAGCGGAAUACAAGAACGACGCGGCAACGACAACGCCAACGACAGGGGGAGGAGGAGCAGUGGUGGACUUGGACACCUUCGGGAAGCAGCUCCAGAAGCUGGUCCGGUUCAACGGCUACGAGAUCAUCGCCGCCAUACAGGACCCGUCGCGCGGGUCGGCGCGGGAGGGGUCCGGCCGCGGGCAGGGCCGAGCCCACGCUUCGCUGGUGACGUCGAUCGAAUUCGACAAAGAGGGGCAACAUUUUGCGGUGGCGGGCUACAACAAGCGAAUCCGGGUGUUCGACUAUCGCUCGGUUGUUGAGGGCGCCGGCACAACUCAUUUUCCUGUUCACGAGCUGACGACACUAAGUCGACUGAGUUGCGUCAGCUGGAACGGCUAUAUUCGGUCUCAGCUGGCUGGAAGCGAGUACUCGGGCCGAGUGUCCGUCUGGGAUCUCAACACGUCUCAGCUGGUUUGUAAAUGGCACGAGCACGAGAAGCGAGCGUGGAGCGUGCACUUUGCGCCUACACACCCGACGCGAAUAGUCUCUGCGUCCGACGACACCAAAGUCAAGCUCUGGUCGAUGAACCAGCGACUGUCUGCGGGGACGAUCGAGGUGCAGGCCAAUGUGUGCUCUGUAAAGUUUCAUCCCGAGUCGCCACAUUACCUCGCCUUCGGCGCCGCAGACCAUCAGAUUCAUUACUACGACGCUCGGUCGCUGCGCGAGCCUUUGUUUGUCUUGCGUGGCCACGACAAAGCCGUCUCCCACAUACAGUUCCUGGACUCGAGCCGGCUCGUGUCAGCUUCCAUUGAUGGCACGUUGCGACUGUGGGACGUCAACACCGCCGAAUCCUUGCUCAGCUUUUCAAGUCAUGUAAACAAGCGACUGUUUGUGGGCCUGAGCGUUCACGGUGGGGAAUGGAUCACGACCGGCAGCGAGAACAACCAAGUGUACACAUACCACAAGGACUUCAAGACGCCGCUCUACCAAUAUUCCUUCGACGAGGCCCCAUCGACGGCCACCAACGAAGGCGAUUUUAUCAGCGCUGUGUGCUAUCAGAAGACGGAGAACGUCAUCCUGGCAGCCAACAGCCGCGGACUCAUUCAGGCACUGCAACUCAAAUGA